AUGAGCAGCAAUUAUGGAUCAAUAGAGCAAACUAAUGUCGAAGAUGAUCAGAAUAUUACAAAUAACGAUGAAUUUGCAAUAGAAAAUUUAAAAGGUAGUAAAAAUAAUAUAAUAGGUUGGUAUUUCUAUUCUUUUUCUAGUGAACCAUUUGUCGUGUCAGCUGUUGCUACCUAUAUUCCUAUAUUAUUAGAAGAAUUUGCAAGAAAGAAUGGUGUGAGUCUUGAUGACCAUACCUUAAAAUGCACAUCCGCUAUGGAUAAGUGUGUUCUAGGUCUGUUUGAUAAUAGAUUGUAUAUUGAUACUUCCAGUUUUGCUCUUUUUACUUUUUCAAUAAGUGUCUUUUUUCAAACCCUUGUUGUCAUUUCAGUAUCAGGAAUUGUAGAUGUAUGGAAAUCAGUACAAUUCAGGAGAAAUAUAAUACUAUUAUUUGGUAGUCUGGGUGCUCUUAGCACAAUAUUGAUUUCACAAUUAGGAAAUCAACAAUUUUAUUUACUUGCUGCACUUGCUGUCAUAUCGAAUUCCUGCUAUGGUGUAGUGAAUGUUGUGGGAAAUUCACUUUUGCCUAUUUUUGUAUCAGAGUCGUUAAAAUAUGACUCAAAUAUCAAGACUGAUAUUGAUACACAAGUCACAGUAGUUAGUGGGUAUGGUGCCAGUAUUGGUUAUUCAGCUGCUUUACUUGUACAAACCGCUUCUCUUUACAUUGUAGGGAGCAAGAAAAGAAGAGGCGAUUUACAGUCGGCAACCUUUUUCGUUGGUAUAUGGUGGCUAUUAUUUCAACUACCAAUGUAUUGGUUAAUCAAUGACCAAAAAGUAGCUCCUCAACAAGAUACCCAACCUAACGACAAUAUGAGAAAACGUCAUUCUUCUACAUUCAAAUUGUCAUAUAUCAAGUAUGGCUGGAUUUCUCUUUUUAAGGCCUUACAAAAUGCUCGACUAUUAAAAGAUGUUGUUAUAUUUUUGAUUGGUUGGUUUAUACUGAGUGAUUCAGUUACAACUAUUAAUUCUACUGCCAUAUUAUUUGCAAAAUCUGAGCUAAAAAUGGGGACUGUAGGUUUGAUAAUUCUAAGCAUUCUAACGAUGGUGAACGCCAUUUUUGGUGCUUCUUUGAUACCCCAAUAUAUAGCAAAAACGUUCCAUAAACCUCCACAAACAAUACUGAUAUAUUUAAUAUGUUGGGCUUCUGUUAUCCCAGCAUAUGGUAUUUUGGGAUUCUUUUUUAAUAGUAUUGGCUUGAAGCACCCAUUUGAGAUGUACAUAAUGUCGGUUUGGUAUGGUAUUUCAUUAGGUGGGUUAUCCGCGGUGUCACGUUCCACUUUUAGUUUGAUCAUUCCAAAAGGUAAAGAGUCUACGUUUUUCAGUUUAUUUAGUGUCACUGAUAAAGGCUCAUCCAUUCUUGGUCCAUUUUUAAUAGGCCUGCUUACGGAUAAAACACACCAAAUAAGAUAUGGAUUUUUCUUAUUAUUUAUAUUUUUAAUGCUGUCGUUACCUAUAUUUAGUUGCUUAAAUGUCACACGUGGAAAAAAAGAAGCAGUGGCACUCUCUUACAUUGAAUCUGAAGUUGAAAAUGGAGAGACUAACGAAAGCACAAGAGUAAAUUAA